AGUUUCACCGUUUAAAAAUUCAAUAAUCAAAAUUCACCUUUUAAAUUUCGUUAAAAAAUUCAACUUGUUUUAAAAUACAACCUUUAAUAUUCGACAGACAAAUUUCAGUUCAUAUUAUUUCGGUUUAAAAAUUCGCUUCCACAAAUUCAAUGGUUCAAAUUCAGCUUGAAAUUCAAAGUUUCACAUCCGGGAAUCCCAGGAGAAGCAAUAGAGCGCCGAUUCCGCCAAUGCAUGAUCUCUACCUGCUGCCUGACCGCUUCACCAGCAGGUGGUGCAAGUCGCUUCUGACGAAGACCAAAGCAAGACAUGCAGAUACUUUUAUAUGUUUGCAGCACAGUCCACUCAUCUGCUCGAUUAAGUGAAUUUAUUUGAUCUCAUAGAUCUCCUCUUAUGCAUCAUCAACAUCAGAAAUUUUAGGUUUCCUGCUCUGGCUCGAAGGAAUUAAGUUAUUUUUUACUUCAGCACAUCGUGUUCACAUAAAUACUAUGCAUCAUCAGCAUUUACAGGACAUGUAUUGUGUUUGAAGCGGUCAAAUAACUGAGAUCUCAACUAGGAGCUUAUUGACAAAUGCUCUGAAUUUAACGCGUACUCUCCCAUGUGCUUCUGUUUAUAUGACGUAGCUGCAAUCUCAAUAAACAUUCUUUUUAUUUUCCUCGCAUGAUCUUGUUUUAAUUUGAGACUCUCAGAAAAUGCUGGAUGUUGUGGAAUUGUGGAAACGUUCGUUUGUUAAUACGAGACAGAAAAACUGAUAUUUUAGCCAAGCGAACUUCUUGAGCAGGCCAGAUAAAAUAGACCAGAUAAAAAUAGUCAGCACUUUCUUUAGAACCCGACUAGACCCGAAACGUCUUGUGCAGCCUGCAGCCAAGCAAGAUACCUCACGGCGUUAUGGAUCUAUACGCGCAAAGAUAAAAACUUUUGUUGCAUGCUGUGUGCGUUUCCCAAUAAUGUGCCACACACGAACAUGCGAGUAUGACUACACGCUAAUUGCUUGAGUUGCUGUCUGUUCAUUAAAUGCUAAAAUGUCAAUCACUCACGGUAUAUUAACCUAAUUAUGUCUUGUAAAGUUUGGCGUAACACAUAUUUGUUGUUUACCUAACCAUAAAAUGUAAUUAAUUUGUGUCUUUCGGGGCGAUUGGUAAAAGCACAUUCAUUAUAAAUGACCAGAGACCCGAUGCCAUAUCGGACACGACCUGUGCCCAAGGCAUAUUUUGUCAAUGUUUUAGACCCGAAGCCGCUGGGACACACGAGGACCUCCCUAACAUACACCUCAACGCAAGUCAGUUUGCAUGGCCGAGCAGUGAAAAAUAUAUUUAAUUACUGGUCAGAAAACAAUAUGAGUGCUCCAUGGCAAUAUACACAACCAUCUGUAGAUGUUGCUGUUUGGCGCAUUGUAUUUCGUAUACUUUUAUAUUAGGCUAUAGCCUUUCUUUUUAAUCAGCUUACCCAAUACUAAUAUAACAUAUCAAAACGAAAUUACGAUUUAGUAUAAUAAUUUUUAAACUAUAUGCUCACAUAAUAAGUCAACAUAUUGUUAAAUUUAUGCAUUUUAAAUCACAGAAAUACACUGAAACCACGUUGGAGAAACAUGUACGUGUCUAUGCGUACAGUUCAGUUAAAUGAUCACAUUUACCCUCUUUAAACUUACGCUAAACAUUUAGCUGAAUAUCCACAACAUGUAUGGUGGCAUGGUGGAACAAAAACGUUAUAAGUUUGCAAGAUUUGCUAAGUGCCUUUAGCCUACUCUGUCCCUUUAGCGUCCACGGACCACGCCAUCACGGCCGGUGUACCAUGCUAAAACGCUUAAUGUUGCUUAAUCUUCAGACCAGAUGAUUAGUAUAGCCUACACCUUUUUAAUAACCGUAGGCUACAGAAAUGCGGAAGAGCCCUAAAUAUGAAUGCAAAAAGUAUGAGGCGCCGUAUAGGGUUUAAAUCAAACUGCGCGUAUGAAUACAUAUAUAAAAGCGUGCAUACACACAUAUACAUUGCUCACAUAUACAUGUAUACUAUUGGAUGUUCAAGCAAACACAUAUGAAAACCAUGUGCGUACUAAUGUGAAAUCCAUACCAAUACAUCUUAUGUUAGUAAUGCAUGCAUGUACACUUUUUAGCACAUAGGCCUACAUAUAAACUCGAUGCGUGCAAACACACCUAUACAAUACUCGCACACACAUACAAACUCUGCGUACAUACACAUCUAUACAACACUCGCACAUACAUACAAAAUAUAAUAAAAUGACACGCUUUAGCUUGCAUGCAUAGUGAUUUCAUAUGUGGAUGUGCGUGAACUUUUCAGUGUAAACGGAAGUAACCUGGCGACUCAAUGAGGUUGGCAAUGGCAAUGGACAGGGUUCGUGCUACAACCGAAGCGAUUAGCAUUUUGCGAAAUGUUCUUGCUUCGCCAUCAAUUAUUAAAUCAAUUGCUGAUUCCGUGGAAUCAAACGUGUCGCAUUGUGCUCAGCGGCAACCAGAAACAGAAGCUGAAUUGCGCACUUUGUUCCGUCCUUCGACGCCUGUUGUACAAAAUUUGAAUAACGGGCAAACGGUGCCGCCGCCGCCGCCGUCAUCAUCAUCAUCAUCCGCAGGGGCAGUUGACGGACCACGAUUUCACGCUCGGCAGCACUAUGGUAACUGGCAGUCUCCGACUAGGAAAAGGUAAGAAAAACAUCUAGGAAAUGCCCUUAUCCCUAGCCCGAUUUUUUGUAAGCUAAAUUGCUGUACCACUAACGUACCCAGAGAUCUGCUGUGCAAAUAUAAAUACGACUAAGGAAUCGGGAUGUCAAUUAGUUUAUGAUAAAUUCUGCAAAUUAUAGCUUACUUUUCGUUAAGCUGUGUUUGUUUUUUCAGACCCAGGACACAAUACCAUCGGACUUUUAAUAAAGAUGUUAUAUUGUUGACCUCCCCACACGAUGAUAAUGUCCUCAUAAAACAAAAGAAAAGCAACACUUGCAUGAAAUUGGACACAUAUUAAAUGCCUUUGAAUUUGAUAAGGCUUGGGACACCAACGUUAAGUGAAGGCCAGGAACUAGAUGGCAGCUUGAUUUUAAAAGUGUUCAGAUUAAAGGCCUUAUAUGUGAGACCCUCACGACCACUACUAUUGGCUGAAACAGACAGCUCCGAUGACAGCUGUUUUGAGGUUGACAUGCCUGGUGAUGAUAGGGUCUGCCAGUCAUUAGAUUCUGUUUCUGAAAAUGGAGAGAAUGUGACCAUUGACCUGAAUGGCCAGUCCACAACACAAGAUUCUUCCUCCACCAGAGCUCAGUCCCCCAUAAGAGCUCAGGCCUUCAGGAGUACCGUGGGUGCGCAGCCCUCCACCAGUGACCGGCCUUGCACAAGACCUCACUCAGCAGCCGAUUGCUGGGACAGUGAGCAGUUCUCCAGGUCUGCUUCCUGGGAUGGUGAUUAUGAUACUUACAUUUCUCUCAUUCGGGCAGUGUCUGAGGAUGAGGAAGAUGAUGAAGAUCUCUGCAGUGCCAUAAUGGCAAGCAUUGAGGACCAUGAAAUUCCCCUUACAGUGGAAGUGUCUAUUAAACAAAUACUGGAAGAACUGUCAACAAAAAUAAACUCAAAUCAAAACUGCAAGUUUAACAUCAACCGCGCAUCUGUGCUGGAUGGCGCAAUCCGUGGAUUUACAAGACUCUCAUACAAUCCAAACAACAGAAUGGUCAUCAGGUUUUCUGAUGAUAAAGGGAAGUUUGAAGAAGCUGUUGAUCCGGGUGGUCCUAGGCGAGAAUUUUUCCGGCUACUCCUAGUGGCACUGAUGCAGUCAUCAAUGUUUGAAGGAAAACAGGGCAGUCUCAAUUUGGCACUUGAUUCCCAUGCCAUCAGGGAGGACAGAUAUUUCAUAGCAGGGAGAGCAGUUGCAGUCAGUCUUGUACAUGGAGGACCUGCACCGGGUUGUUUAUCAAAGACCCUCUUUGACAGCUUAGUUCAGGGCCCAGACAUGUGCAAACCUGUUUUGGACGAUGUAGCUGAUUGUGAGCUUUAUAAUAAAAUCAAAAAGGUUUCUGAAGCCACAUUUCUAGAAGAGCUACAACACUCAACAGAGCCCAUCAUGGAUUACCUUGCCAACACAGGUUGUGUUAGGCCGUUAAAAAGCAUUGGCGACAGGGACAGGCUGGUUGAAGACAUACUGAUGUUUCAGGUGGUGAAUCGAGUUCGUGGACCAUUUGAAAAAUUCAGGGAUGGACUAAAAACUCUUGGCAUCCUUGCAAAACUCCAACAACACCCAGAAGCUUUUAGAUCUACAUUUUGUCACCAGCCAAAUCAGCUGACAGCAGACAUACUGGAUGACCUGUUUGAAAUAAAGUGGUCCGAGAAUGGGAGCAACAAAAGAGCAAACGAGAACAGAGUAAUAGCCUUCUGGAGGGACUACUUGCAGGAUGUGGAAGAGGAGGGGUCACAGAGGCUUGGAGCAAUCUUAGCAUUUGCUACAGGAUCCGAUCAAGUCCCACCAAUUGGAUUUCAUCCUCAGCCAUCUAUCGCAUUUCAUCAUGACACAGAAACUCCCCAAAGAUUUCCAGUUGCAAAUACAUGUAUCAUCUGUCUUCGCUUUCCACUGUAUAGCACAUAUAGUGAUUUUAAAAGCAACAUGGACUUUGCCAUUGAUAACAUUCACGGAUUUGGUAAGGAGUAA